AUGGUCUUGAUGGACCUGGUCGGAAACGUCUCCGCCGUCGGCGACACGGAUGCGAUGGUGGCGGGCGACUCGGGCAGCAAGCACAACGGCGGCCGCAGCGCCGCCGUGUGUGCCGUCAACAGCAUGGUCUCGGAGGCUUCCGCGGCGACCGUGGCCGUGUUGGAUGCGUCUCCGCUGGCAUGGUCACGAACGCGACGGUGGCAUUCGGAUCGGGCAGCGAGCGCAACGACAGCGGCCGUCCGCACGCAGAUUGCCGCCGGUAGUAGCGUCAGCGGCGUCGCCAGCGACAUCGACAGCAGGGUCUCGGACACGAUGGAGGUGACUGUGGCCUUGGUGGACGUGUUCAGCGGCGUCUCCGCCGACAUGGACACGGACGCGGACGCGAUGGUGGCGGGCGACUCGGGCAGCAAGCACAACGGCGGCCGCAGCGCCGCCGUGUGUGCCGUCAACAGCAUGGUCUCGGAGGCUUCCGCGGCGACCGUGGCCGUGUUGGAUGUGAUCGGGGGCGUCUCCGCUGGCAUGGUCACGAACGUGACGGUGGCAUUUGGCGCGGUCGAUGAGGCUAAUAGGGGUGCUUUCGUGUUGGCUGGGCAGUGCCACGAGAGCGUUUAUAGCAGCGGCAUCGAUAGCCGGGCUUAG